UUUGGUUUCAAUUACAUCAAUAAUUCAAUAGUUCGUGGAAUUACAUCCAAGGAUAGUAAACACUUUCAUGUCAAUGUUUUGGGCUGUAACAAUUUCACAUUUGAUGGGUUUAAAGUAAGUGCUCCAGGUGAUAGUGCCAACACCGAUGGCAUCCACAUUGGAAGAUCCACCGGUGUGAAUGUUCUUAAUACAAAUAUUGCCACUGGAGAUGAUUGNGUCUCACUAGGUGACGGUAGCAGACAAGUACUUGUGCAAAAUGUGAAAUGUGGACCUGGUCAUGGUAUUAGUAUUGGAAGNCUUGGCAAAUACAAGGAAGAAGAGCCUGUUGAAGGUAUCACAAUUAAGAGUUGCACUUUAACAGGAACUAGCAAUGGAGUGAGGAUUAAGACUUGGCCUAAUGAGCCAGGAACAAUUACAGUUACAGACACGACAUUUGAAGAUAUUACCAUGCAAAAUGUUUCGAACCCUGUUCUUAUAGACCAAGAGUAUUGCCCAUGGAACCAAUGCUCCAAAAAGAAUCCAUCGAAAGUAAAGAUAAGCAAAGUUAUCAUCAAGAAUAUCAAGGGAACUUCAGGAACUAAAGAAGGAAUUGUUCUUGCUUGUAGUAGUGGUGUACCAUGUGAGGGCGUAGAGUUAUCUAAUAUUGAUCUCACAUUUAAUGGAGCUCCGACAACAGCUACAUGUUCUAAUGUCAAGCCAAAAAUAACAGGAAAGGUUCCUGCCUGUGAAGCUCCAACUACUAAGAAAGAAUAAUAAUUCAAAUUUUUU